CUGAAACUGAACAUGGGCUGCCUUCUUCCUCUUUCUGGCUUAUUGUGAAUCCAAACUAGCCACUUUACAACAAUACGUCCUGAGGAACAAGAGGUGAAAAUUCAUCCCACCAGCAGCCUCCAUGUUUUAGCCUAAUACUCCAGCAAACCAAACCAACAGAGACAAUCACAAAAGCCUUUCAGACGACUGGCUACUGAACAACAGCACCGCAAGAUGACAAGUCGAACCCAGCUGCUGUCAGUCACAGUUGUCCUCGGUGCUUUUCAGCUCAUCAGUGGCUACAGCUUUAAGAACUGCAUUGAACACUCAUCGCCAAAAGGAAGAUAUUUCAACUGCAUCCAUCGAAAUGUGAACAACAUCUCUGCUAUUAUCGCUGACCUGCCGAAAUCUGCCACCAAUCUCACCAUCUGCAGUACUGCUGUGGUGGACAUACCCAGCAACAGCUUUGCCAAUCUAUCAAUGCUCCAGUUCCUCAGACUCGAUCAUAACCACCUGAGGAUCAUCAGUGAAGCUGCCUUCCAAAACCUGCACCAACUAAAGUCUUUAAACUUGUCCUUUAACUAUUUGUCAGAGCUCAGCUCUUCUGUGUUUAAAGACCUACACAAUCUCACCUUUCUUUCACUGACAAACAACAAUUUGAAGUUGCUCCCUGGGGGCAUUUUUGUUUCUCUUAUUAAUUUAGAGACUUUACUGAUAAGACAAAACUUUCUCAGUGAUUUUUCAGGAAUUGCUGAAUCUGUGUCACAUCUAACAAAUCUAACCCAACUAGAUCUUUGCUUUAACAGUCUGACCUCUCUUAGCCACACAAAUGCAUCACUACCCAAAUCUCUCACUAUUUUAUAUAUAUGUAGAAAUAAUCUAAGUACUUUAGGAUGCAGGCCCUCGUUUCUCAGGUUCAUCAAAGUUUUUGAUUUGUCGUAUAAUGCUAGGCUCCCCACGGCGGCUUUUCAAGGGGUGGAUUUGGGACAAAUAAAUUAUCUGCGUUUGCGUUCAACAAGUGUCAAGGUAGUGGAGUUUCUAAACAUCAGCAACAUCAAUGCAAGACAUGUAGAUUUCACUGGAACAGGUCUAAACAAUAACAGGCUCCAGGAGCUUUGCAAAAUGUUAAAGAAUAAGGUUAAACAGAUAACAAAUUUGCAUCUGGGCAGUAACCAGAUUGGCUUUACUAUGACAAGCAUACUGAGCCAUUGUCCUACAAUCAAGGGGGGUCUGGAUCUGUCCCGCAAUAAGCUGAAAAAGAUGAACUGUAUGAAAUUUCUGGAACAACAGACAAAAGUUAAAAGCUUCAAUGCAGAGCACAACCACCUGACCUCCCUUCCAACGUGUAAAACAAAAGGGGGGGUUCGUCUAAAUUAUCUGGAAGAGGUGAGCUUUCGUUACAACCGCAUUCUCUCAGUCGAUUCUAAUGCUUUCUAUCAUAUGCCAAAGAUUACGACGCUAAAACUUAACAUAAACAUAAUUGCAUUUCUUGGUCGCGAAGCUCUGAAAGGGCUAAAAAAGCUUAACACACUUCGUUUAGACAACAACCUCUUGACUGACUUGUUUAAUGACACCUUUGAAGACAAUGCUAAUCUGCAAACACUCAACUUACGUAACAAUCGCAUUUCUGUGAUCUUUAACGGGACUUUCCGCAGGCUCACAAAACUGACCACACUGGACCUUGGCGGUAAUAAGAUCACCCAUUUUGACCCAUCAGGUCUCGAUGGACUAACAAGUCUGUCCAAACUCUAUCUAGAUGGAAACAAUCUUAAAGAAAUUGAAACUUCCAUCUCUCAUGUAUUUCAGAAUACACUCACAGUGCUGGAUUUAGAAGGUAAUCAGAUCCGCUACUUGAAUGGGAACAUAGGCUCACCUUUUAUAAACAUGAGCAAACUCAGUGACCUGAAGCUGGGUUGGCAGCGACCCUAUGGUCUCACUAUCUUACCUCGCACACUUUUGCGUGGCCUUCACUCACUGAAAUCCCUGUAUCUGACGAACAAUAACAUCUACCAACUGGCUCCUGACACCUUUGAUGAUCUGACAGCCCUGCGCUUCCUCACACUGGAUAACUGCUGUGUAGGGGUGGUAGAUUUAAAACCAGGGGUAUUUAAAAAUCUGAGAAAUUUAACCAGAUUGACUGUCGAGAACAUGGGCAUUCAGGACAUCUCGGGUGAGGUUUUUGGGAAUCUUACACAGUUAAGGAAACUGCAGCUCAACCACAACGUGAUGCAAAGCAUUAGGGUAGACGCACUACGAAAGCUACCUAAACUCCAGUACCUUGACAUUCGUAAUGUUCCUUUAGCCUGUACCUGCAGGAACAGCUUUCUGCAAAACUGGACACAGACCAACCUAAAGGUUCAGGUUGUCUAUCUCUAUAAUCUGCUGUGCCCUGAUCAAAAACAGAGUUUCUACAACUUUGACACCAAAGUUUGUAAAACAGAUCUAGGGAAGAACCUGUUCUUUAUCACAGCCACUGUGAUCUUCCUCUUCACAUUCACUCCUUUAUUUUAUGUCAAGCUCUACUGGAAGGUGAAGUACAGCUACUACGUUUUCCGCUGUUGGUUUAAUGAACAGUGGCGCAAACUCAGAGAGGAGGAGGAAAAUUGCAAAUAUGAUGCAUUUAUUUCCUAUAACUCCUCUGAUGAAUGGUGGGUGAUGGACCAGCUGCUGCCCAACCUCGAGGGAAAUGGAUCAAGUUUUAAACUCUGUCUGCAUCACAGGGACUUUGAGCCAGGCCGUUAUAUUGUGGACAACAUUGUCUCUGCCGUUUACAGCAGUCGUAAAACUAUUUGCGUGAUGAGCAAAAAUUUCCUCCAGAGCGAAUGGUGUUCUCUGGAAAUUCAACUUGCCAGCUACAGACUCUUUGACGAGCACAGAGAUGUUCUACUGCUGGUGUUUCUGGAGCCAAUAUCUGAGAGGCAGGUGUCAGUCUAUCACCACAUGAGGAAGGUCAUGUUAAGAAAAACCUAUCUGCAGUGGCCUGGCUCAGACUGCACAAACCCAGGACAGGCUCAGGACCUGUUCUGGAAUCAGCUACGUAGGGCGAUGAAAACAGCGAGCAGACUCGAAGCAGAUGACAGUGAUCAGACUCAAGACUGUGCUACAAUUGAAAGUAAAGAGAAUGAACAUUUUGUGACUUCAGAUGAAACCGUAUACUUAAUUCCUUGAAAUUAUUUAAAUAAUCUUCUUUGAGACGAAUGAUUUAUCAUAUCUGUGAUCAGUUUAUUUUUAUCUUCAGAGAUGCUUGAUGUAGUACUCUCCAACUGUACAAUUAGGUUUCCUAACUUACAACAAGAAAUCAAGCAACUCUUACAAAAGAAUGU